AAGUCGUCAAGACACCUGCUUGGAAAUGGUGAUCAUAAAGAAUGUGGAAAACAUAUCGGUGCCGGAGUAUCUGAAUGAAGGCUUCUUUGUGGAUGCCCUAGAGGAUGGUUUGCGCGAAUCGAAAAUCAAACUGCACGAGAUCAAUUUCGAGUGGGGCAGUAAUCCGGGUGAUAAUUACUGUUCGGCGAUUUAUCGGGUGCUGUUGAAGUUCGCGCGUUGUCUCGAGGCCAAAGAGUCGGAAAAAAGUGAGCAGCUAUCGCUGAUUGUGAAAACAAUUCCGAUCACAGAGGAGACAAAGUUUUUAGAGGAUGUCAAGGUGUUCAUCAAAGAAAAGCAGACCUAUACGGAUAUAUUGCCGCGCCUGGAAGUGCUUUCCAAUGGCGAUCGAUUUGGUGCCAAAUAUUAUUAUUCCGUUAAGACGCCAAUGCAGACAAUUGUCUUUAAUGACCUGAAAGUCGAUGGCUACAAAUUGGCAUCGUGCGGAGCCAGUUUAGAUUGGGAGCAUGCCUCACUGAUUCUACAGCAGCUGGGCAAACUGCAUGCCACCUCCAUGGUCUUGGCCAAAAAGGAUCCGGAAAUUGUUAAGCAAUAUCAUGGCGGCAUGCUGAGCGAGGCAACUCUAAUCGAAUCUGACACAUUUGAGAGUAUGUUUGGUGGCUUCCUAAAGGGCCUCAUCAAAGUUGCAUCCACCUGGUCGGGCUACGAAAAGAUCACAAAGAACUUGCAACGCUUUUCGGACAACUUCAAAAACGUUUGUGUGGCUGCCGCGAAACCGAAGCCAGAUGAUCGUUAUGUAGUGCUCAACCAUGGUGAUUUGUGGACAAAUAAUUUUAUGUACGCCUACGAUGAUGAGGCACAGCCCGAGCUACCCACUCGCGUCAUAUUCGUGGACUUUCAGCUCAGUUUCUACGGCAGUCCAGCCUGCGACUUGAACUUCUUUCUGAAUUCAAGUGUCAAGCUGGAGUUGCUGCAGCAGCGGCGAGAGGAUCUGAUCAAGGUCUAUUACGAAACAUUCCGUGACGCCUUGGAGUACGCACGCUUCGACAAAAUACCCAGCUACGAGGACUUACUUUGGGAGCUGCGCAGCCGAGAGACCUACGGUCUAUUUGCCCUAUUCGGCUUUCUGCCCAUCAUAACAAUGCCAAAGGAACUGGCCAAGGACAACAGCAUUGAGAACAUGCAGGAUGAGAGCUUCAAGCAAAAGCAGUUGGACACAAUUUUCUCGCAAAGCUUUCUCAACGAUCAUCACAAAUGGUCGUUGAAGCGCGCCCAAGAACUGGGCGUCUUUGAUGACUACUAGACAAAAGCUCUAUUUGGAAUCGAGGGUUCAACAACCUGAAUUUAACGCAUAGAUGGCUAUAAAGACGCUUCCACAAUGGACUGUCCAGCUGUAUGUCUGAAGGGUUUAUUCUUAUGUCAUACUUGAUUUAGCUUUUUAUAGACCAGAGUUCAAUUAAAAUGAUCUAACGUAGCUGCGCUACUCAACUGAAUCUAAUGAAUUUUUUAUUCUGUUGCCUAUGUUUAGCAAUCUGUAUACAAGAGCGAUAACAACAUGGAAAUAAAACAAAAUAGACCAAAUUUGGGCGUUAUUAUGCCGCUGAU